CAGGCUAUAGUAUCUAUAUUGGCACACUUUCCCUACCGGUUACGUCAAAUAGACCUGUGAUAUGGUAUUCCGAAGCCGUCUAGUGGCUAGGGGCUGUGUGAUGGUGAGCAUCCUCCUCAUUGCUUAUCAGAUCUUUUCCCACCUGCAAAAGCCCACCAGACUCAGCGAAUACAGCCUCCAGAGCACUGGAUUCCCUGUUUCGGAGUCUAAUUUGAAGUUCAUCCCUGCUGAGGUCAUCCAAUACGUGGCAAAAAUAUCCCCAGAACCGGAAUGGUCUAAAACAGCGUACUUCCAGUACGCCGCUAAGGCCGAUCACCUCUGCGCUGCCAUCAUGAACUUCAUCAGGCUACGAGACUUACGCACCAAGUGCCCCAACCUUGUGAUUUUAUAUGAAAAGAAUCUUGACCAGAGGUUGGAAGUAAAGGACGGAGACGAUAUCAGCAAAACAAUCCCCAGAGACCAGUUCCGCUUCCAGAUCGAGCUUGCCCAGUUGUACAACAUCGAGUUGCGGGCCAUUCACAUGCACCGAGUCAAGGGCAAAGACUCGACGUACAUGGCAAGUUAUACCAAGUUUAAGGUAUUCGCCCAGACCAAAUACGACCGGAUCGUCUACUUUGAUGCCGAUGCAACCAUUCCCAAAGGUGCCGGCCACAUGGACGAGUUGUUUUCCUUGCCUGACGCGGAUAUCGCCAUACCCCAGGCCUACUGGCUAGUGCUGGAGAGGCUCGAAAAUGAAGCCAAAGAGAACCCCGGCAACUCUUCCCCAGCGGUGAAGUCUAGAGAGGACCGAAACGAUGAGAUCAAAAUACUUACGGAAUCCCCGCACCUUUAUGAUUCGCUUCCCCCAAUUCGUCACCACGCACAGUUUGUGUUUGGUAGCCAUUUCAUGGUGGUCAAGCCGAAUAUGAAAAUAUACAAAGCGCUUAUAAACGCAAUAUGGUGGAAAAAGGCACAUGAAUACGACAUGGACAUCAUCAACAAGGUCUUCAACCCCAGCAAACUUGCGGCACGGAAGCUUCAAUAUAAGACGUUGGUUUUGCCACAGCAGGUUUAUGGCGGGUUGACCGGGGAGUUUAGAAUGGAUGACCACAGUGUGUUCAUGGCAGAUGCUCCGGACUUACCUGCUGCGAUGGUGAAGGGAACCAAGGGGUACUGGACCCAGUGGAACGCGUUUGGCGCGUUAGACAAGUUGAAAUUGGUGCAUUUCUCCGACUUUCCGUAUCCAAAGCCCUGGUUCCACCUCCAUCCAAAGUCGGAGAAUCACCAGUACCGAAUCGAGUGCGAGGAACUGAUAAAGUACGUCGAGGGAAUGGAUAAGAUCGUGCACAAACCGCGGAUUAUAGAAGACUGCGACGCUGUGGAGGCCUGGAAGGGCUUCUACGAGGAGUACGCCGACCGCAUGGAGGUGCAUUGCCACAUGUCCACCAGAGAGCAACCCUCCCGCUACAUAAACGAUUGAUCUAAUAUAGAUGACUGUUGAACUAUAGUGGCUUCUGGACGAAGAUGGGCAGGCAGAAUUUUAUUUACAUGGAAUGCACAUGCCAUAUAGAAGGAGUUGGAGUACAGACCUUUUGGUUUUAUAUAUUUAUGUUGCAAGGUCCUGGGACGGUGAAAGAGUAGAGUCCAAAUGCUAAUGAAACCAACGGCUUUUGAGGUGUAGCAACCAUCAAGAUGACUCUCAUUAUAGAUUAUCACUUUUCAAUUAAACGUAGAGGG